AUGUACCCCCACCCCGAAAUUAUCACGGAACUCGAUGACUUGGGAGAGAGCCCGCCUGAUGCUGGUAGCACUGCUCCGCCGGGCGUUCCUCCUCCUGUGCAUACCAACGAAGCUGUAAGUUCUUCUCUCAUCCUACAUGUUUUUGCCCUGCUGUCCGCGCUUCACGUAGGGUUACGUCGGGUUGAGUCAACAUUCUUAGUAAUCACUCCAGGACUUUUAUUGGCAGACGUUUGA